AUGGAUUCAUCAAAAAUCUACACCUAUUGGGACCAUACGUUCGCAUGGUCGCCCCUUCAUCAGACGAGGGAACAGUUGCGUUCAAAGAUGCACACUUAUGACAGGCUUGGGGAUGAAUGUAUCGACCAGAUCAACGAAAUCGGCCGUCAGGUAGUUAACCAAGACAGGCAAAAUGAUCCAGACAGGAAGUUACCCGAUCUGGAUGUGUACAUCAUGCUGAAGGAUCACGCAAAAGAUGAUUCGAAACUUAGUGAAUUCUGGGCACAAGUCAACACAGUGCCGGACUGGGUUGAUUGGCAGCAGAUCAAACGGGGACAGGAGGUGUUCUUCCGUUAUGGGCUUCCCAUCCUGAACGUGUUUAUCCUCCAGGUCUCUGAAUCAGUUGACGCAAUGAAGCCAGGCGGUGUUGGUAAUAUCUCAUCCAUCCGCGUUCGGCUGCUGCAUGCUUAUCUUCGCUCCUUGAUUUGUGUUCGGGAAAGGUAUGACAAUGAGAGGUACGGAGUCCCUAUAAACGACCUUGACAGCCUUGCAACGAUUAGCAGUUUCUCAUCCAUCAUCAUCUGGCUCGGCCUCCCCCGGCAAGGUAUCUGGCUCCGCAAGCAAGAGAUUGACGACUACCUAGCUCUCUGGAGGCUGGUAGCCUAUUACUUAGGAGUUCCAGACGAACCUUUUGCUAGCCAGCAAACCGCACGAGCGCUAAUGGAAUCUCUCCUUGUAUCGGAGGUGGAUCCUAUAAACAAUGGUAGAGUCCUAGCUCGUAAUAUACUCCAUGGCCUGGAGAACAAAGCCCCAGCGCAUGCUUCAAUGGGAUUCAUGGAGGCUAUGGUUCGACGACUGAAUGGGAAGCAACUCUCUGACAGCCUUCGAAUCCCUCAGCCCGCACUGUACUAUCGGGUUCUGAUAUACGGGUACUGCUUCUUUGUCAUGGCGUUAGCAUAUGGUACCCGGUUGUUUCCGAAGCUCGAUCAGAGGUUUAUCGCGUAUCGUCGUCGAUACUAUUACACCAUGAUAACCGACCGAGAGAAAGGGCUUGGAGGCGAGUCGCUCUUUGACUUUGUAUACAAGCCAUCUCAUGCAGGGCCGCUCUAUAAGGCAGUGACGGUCAAGGAGAAAGAAAAGAUUCCGAAAACAUCGCGACGCGGCAUUGAAGCACUGGCUCGGGUGGGUCUGAUGGCUGCAUUGAUUAUUGUUGUGACUUUGCUCAGUGGGGGAUAUUAUGUGAUUCGUAUGCAUACCCGCCACUACAAAAUAUACUACAAGUUCUACCCACCCUCAACUAAGGAACAACUCAGUUUCAUAUACAAUCAUUUCAAUUCAUUCCAUAUCAUGAUAGCAACCACAACAACAACAUUAUCCCCAUCCCACAUCUCCAUUCUCACACAUCUUCACUCGAGAAGCCGCGGUCCUAGGAAUGUCAAACAAACAUACUCCACACUCCUUGCAAGAGCACGACUGUCCACAAGUGCAGGAACUCGGUCCGCUGCAACCGCAAGUGUUUCCGGAUCCGCAACCGCAGCCCAUAUUGAAGAUUGUUAA